UGGGGGAACUCACUGCGAAGCACAUUAUCGAGACCGGUCCUCCAGAGACAUGAGGGAAGUUUCAGUCUUGAUCUCGUUUGGCCAAAAUAAAUAACAAGCGCGCGGAAACGACGCCGAGGAUAGCGGAGGCCAAAACAACGUCUGGAUUAUAUUUCACCAAGCUGAUUGCAGCCGGUCUACAAAUGAGCAACAGCAGAUGAACUUGAUGAGGUCCAGUCAGAUGAUGAAAGAGGAGUGACCACUUCAUCCUCCUCUUGUUGCAAUCCAUCUAGGGGCUAGUGAGGCUGAAGAGGCGUCCCCUCAGCCUGCCUCAUUUAUCACCAUUUCAUCUCUGAGUUGGUCCCCAGAAGUGUUUCAAAACUGUUUCUCCAACGCUUUUUCCAGAAACUUAGACUGUUUUCCAAAGCAGAAGCAGCACAGCCCUCCCAGACUGAGGUGAUGGGAAGCGUGCGAGCCAGCCGCUACAGCAUUGUGUCAUCAGAGGAGGACGGCAUGAAGCUUGCCACAAUGGCAGUACCCAACGGCUACGGCAACGGCAAGGGCAAGGUGCACACAAGGCACCAGCCGCAGAGCAGAUUUGUAAAGAAAGACGGUCACUGCAACGUGCAGUUCAUCAAUGUAAGCGAGAAAGGUCAGCGGUACUUAGCUGACAUCUUCACUACAUGCGUGGACAUCCGUUGGAGGUGGAUGUUCAUCAUCUUCUGCCUUGCCUUUCUCCUGUCGUGGCUGUUCUUUGGCUGCGUCUUCUGGCUGGUAGCCAUAUUCCACGGGGACUUAGAAAAUGACACCCAGAAGUGCGUCUCCAAUGUGAGCAGCUUCACUGCUGCCUUCCUGUUCUCCAUUGAGACUCAAACAACUAUUGGUUACGGCUACAGAUACGUGACAGACGAGUGCCCUGUUGCUGUCUUCAUGGUGGUUUUCCAAAGCAUUGUAGGCUGCAUUAUUGAUGCCUUCAUCAUUGGCGCUGUCAUGGCAAAAAUGGCAAAGCCCAAGAAGAGGAAUGAAACUCUGGUUUUCAGCCAUAAUGCCACAGUAGCCAUGAGGGACAACAAGCUCUGCCUGAUGUGGCGUGUGGGCAAUUUAAGGAAGAGCCACCUGGUUGAGGCGCAUGUCCGGGCGCAACUUCUGAAAUCCCGGACGACAGCAGAAGGGGAGUACAUCCCCCUUGACCAGAUGGACAUAGACGUGGGCUUUGACAGCGGAGUCGACCGCAUCUUCCUGGUCUCCCCGAUCACCAUUGUCCACGAGAUUGAUGAGGACAGCCCCUUCUACGACAUGAGCAAACAGGACUUGGAGAACUCAGAGUUUGAAAUCGUGGUUAUCUUGGAGGGCAUGGUUGAAGCAACAGCUAUGACCACGCAGUGCCGCAGCUCCUAUGUUGCCAGUGAGAUCCUAUGGGGCCACCGGUUCGAGCCUGUGCUCUUUGAGGAGAAGAACUACUACAAGGUGGACUACUCUCGCUUCCAUAAGACAUACGAGGUGCCGAGCACCCCUCUGUGCAGCGCAAGAGACCUCGCAGAGAAAAAAUACAUUCUUUCAAACUCCAACUCCUUCUGCUAUGAAAACGAGAUGGCACUGGAGAACAAAGAGGACACAGAUGAGGGGAACGGGGGCAGUGUUGGGCCCGAUGGCACCCAAACAGACAACAUCUCAGAGACUGAACACAGCCAAGCCACGGUGCCACUAGAGCCCCGGCCUCUGAGACGAGAAUCAGAAAUAUGACUGUUCAGACCUCAAACCUCACUUGAGAGAUUUUUUAAAAUCACCUCUCUGCUCCAAAAGGCACAACGAGCCGAGCUGGGCCUUGGGUAGAGGACAAGCCGAACGGUACUGCUGUGGGAAGCGGCAAGGUCUAGGACUUUGUAUGUAAGAGUCUGAACAUUGACUACAUACAGUAUGACAAAACACAGCACUAUAAAACAUGUGCAUAUUGCAAGAUGAAUUCUCCAUGAAGUCCCCAUGAAUGUGUGCUCAGUAUCUGGUGACUGCAAGAUGACAGAGAGGAGUGUUGUUGAGAUGACUUGAAAAAUUGCAGGCAUGUCUCAGUUUCUCUGUCCAGCAAGAACAUGAUGCUUUUGGAAAGGUGGAUUUUAUAUUUUUUGAGAAUAUCUUCAAAUGCUGCUAGAAGAUAGUGGAAGUUAAACAAAAAGCCCUUAAAGAUGCUUUCAUUUUGACACUUUGCGCUUUCACAUAGAACCAAAGAGUACAUGAAAAGUAGAUGUCUGGAGCAAAGAAGGUACAAGUAGAGUAUUUGUUCAUGAGCUGGUCUCAUAGCAGACAUCACAGAAGUCGAAAUACAUGAAAACUUUCUGUGUGCAAGACAGAUCAAACUGUAGGAAUUUCCUCUGACUUGACAGCACUGAAUUUCUGAUCUUCUGCUUUAUCCUUCGCAGUCAUUGAUCUAAGAAACUGUUCAUUGCUGGUCAGAUUGAUAGACACAUGCCUGCUCAUGUCAAGAUAGAGCAGGGUAGUAUUAACGGCAUCAAACUGACAGAAAUCAUUAAUUUAAACAGAGACUGGGGUGAUAUGAGAAUCUGAAUGUUCUUAAAAGUGCUGCUAUGAUGUUGCUUCUUUUUUUUCCACGGUUGAUAAAAAUGCCAAAGAGUAUUACUAUCAUAGUUAUGUGUUUCUUAAAAACAACACCUGAUUAGAUUUGGUACAGAGAAGUAGAAAGUUUAGGGAGUUUUAAUAAGGUUUGUUUUUCAAGAACGUGUGUACAGUUUAUCUUUUUUUUUUUAAUGUCAGUCAUCCUUAUCUUGAGCCACUUCAUCAAGCCUUAAUCUCAAAUGGGGAAAGUCAAAAAUGGGGAAAGUGAAGAUGUAUAAAUCAACCACAGUGGCAAAGGCUUAACUGUAGAGGACGGUAAAAAAAAGACUCAUGAGCUCUCUGGCGUUUGCUGAAUUAAAACAAUAAUUUGGAUUGUGGCCUAGUGUUGUUGGAGGACUUUUGGGUGUCAGCUUGAACCAAAAAGUUGAUUUUAAAUCUCAUCUACAUCUCCUUUCUAAUGUCUGAAUCUGAUAGUGUUAUGACUGGAGAAAAAAAAAGUAAUUUUCUUGCAAAAAUAUCAAAUCUCCAAGUAAAACAUUCUCUAAGCCACUUUCCUUUUUUGCUGUACACAGACUACAGAUCAGCCUACUUCAUUAUCAACACUACUUGAGUUUUCAUUUUCCGUUUUUUUUUUCUUCUUUUACUUGAGAAUGUAAGAUCUGAAAAAGCAUAGUUCAAAGCCAAAUGUACUGUAACCCUGGCAUAUGAAGGAGUACUGCACAAGAGUUUGCAUCAAUACAAAUUUAUAUCCUGCGUCCUUUUUUUUUUUUUUUUUUUUUUUUUUUUAAACACAGCGACAGAAGCCACUAGGCUCUAUAGAUCCUACUUGUGUAAAUACCUCCCUCCCUGUUGCAGUUAUUUUGUAUCAGUCUUCCAAAUGUACUGCAGAACCAUGGAAUGUACAGAUUUUUGUAUUAAUAUUAUUAUUAUUAUUGUUGUACAUGAUAUUAUAUUGUUCUUUUUCAAUAAAAUGUCAGUGGACAAUCAGAGUAA